AUGGUCCUCAACCUCCGCAGCUCACAGGUCAAUUACCAUGGAGCAAUUAACGCCCUAUGGCUUUGGGACAACCAGGUGUCAAAGCGAAUGGUUCAGGCGCUAAAUAGGAUCGGAUUUUGCUCCUCCUAUCCUUUUCAAAUUCGCGCUAUCUCGUCCCUGAGCAAGAGUGCGAAGCAGCUGGCCCGAGUGGUCGCAAACGACUCACAGAAGAUUAAGAUGCUCCCAUACGACAACUUCAAUUGGCGCAAGCGUGCUUGGGAGAGUACUGCAUUACACAAAACCCAAACGCACGACCAAACAUCCGCAAUACUGGUCGUUCUGGAUCAUCCGAAAGGCUCAGACCCGCUCAAUAUCACGUCUCUAUCGCGCUUCAAGGAAUCCGAAGGCCGCCGGCACAUUAUUCCACCACGCCAGGCGCUUUCAGACAUUCUCCCAACCAAGCAAGAUCAGCAAGCUUUCCGGGAGAACGCUAUAAUUCACGUCAUGCAGAUAAUCUCGGAUGAACGAUUCCACCCAAGAAAACCGAGGAAUAUUACCUCCGCAACAUUCGACCAAGAGCAGGGUUCGACUCGAGGGAACAUGGUGGUGCUAGAACAUUACCUCGGCCCUGGAGUCCUCUCGAUUGACCCAGCAUUUUUUGAAUCCAAUGUGUUCACCAUUCUCGGGGACCGACUCACAACAGCUCGUGAUCGUGCUGCUCAAGAUCAGCGCGCUGUAGACCGCUCCCCUCAUGCGUUUGACCAUCUCUCAAGCCUGAAGAUGGUGGGUGGCCUAAUGCACUACAUCCUCAAUUUUAUCCGUGCUCUCUCCAGCAAUUACUGGGGAAACGACGCCAGCAAAGACCCUUUGAGCUUCUCAGAGCUCUGUAAAACCUUGCCCAAUCGCGACGACGUCAAACCAAAGAAAAUCGAUUAUUACGCCUGGCUCCGAUUUCUGGAUGUUGUUCUGCGGGGCCUUGUACUAAGGUCCGCCUUGGCCAUCCUCAAAACCGACGACUUCGACGACUUUACAGCUGCGUUUGGACGUACACGAAACACAUUGAAAACUCUGGCAAUAAAGGUGGUGGACCAUUAUCUCCUCCCCAGUCCUGGUCGUCUCGAAGAACUCGGAGUGAAGACAUUGAAAGGACACACCAUUUCCGGACAUGCAACCCUUUUAAUGCACGAUCUCAUGACGGUUCGCGAAAUGCGUUCAGCCAUCAAGAAAGGACACCCCUCUCGGAUUCUUCGGAUGAUUAAGUAUUGGAAUCCAAUGUUCUAUGCUGCAGGAAGCUACAACUAUGCGAACGAGUGCAUGGAGCUGCUUCACAACAUGAUCCACGAAUGGCCUACCGACUAUGCCGAUGUUGCUUUUAAUGGAAUGCUUGUCAAUCCAUCGGGAAAAGAGGACGACUUCAAGGAGACCGACAUACGAGUAGAGCAUCACAACGAUCACGUCAAGGAACAUGCCCAUGGAUCUAACGCCUCGCCGGAAGUCCUUGAGAAGAUCACACCAGCUAUGGGCCAUGUACAGCACCUUACACGGCAAACCUUCAUUGACCUUGGUGUCGAGCUGCUCAAUCAACACCAUGCCAACGUAUCACAACACCAUGAUGUCAAAUUAACAGUUGCCCACUUUGCAAGGCAUCGGGUUUUCGACUACGAGAACGACAAGCCUUCGACCCUCCCGGUCGUUGAUCUCUAUCGCUUUGGAGCCCUUCGCUUAUCCGGACCAGACGGAGGUCAUAGCCGCCAUCUUGCUCGACACAAACUUCGCCUUCGAUCCCGCCAUGGAGAGGAAACUAAUCCUACACUCCUAGAUGCUGAUCCAGAACUCCAAACUGCAAUUGAUAAGGAUGAAAUCGACUUUAUUCUUUCCCUUACUGAAGAUGAUUUUGCAAAGUUAAUUGCAGAGGAUGAUGUCAAUAUACCAGAGUUGAACGAGUUAGGAUUGCUGUACUAG